AGUCACGCUCCUGUUUUUUGUGAGCGCUUCUGUCUCUGAGCAACCUGUUGCAGUGGCUGCACGCCACGUUCGUAAUUUCGUUCUACCAGCCAUGGUUGGCUGACUUAGCAACAUGGCUCCCUUCCCCGCCACAAUGCCCUCCCACGUGCGUCUGUACAUCUGUACAGAACGUGUUGACUGAUGUGGCAGUCUCCUUUCGAAAUUGCCGCAGGCAAUGCCGCCAAUUCCUCUCGAAGAGUCCUCUUUCUGCUUUCUUAACAAACCCCUUCUCUCCCUCUCUCUCUCUCCUCUCUCUCAAAGAUUUUGUUGAUGUUGUUGGUAUAGUAAUGGUGAGACGAGAAGAUCGAGUGGAACAGUAGGGCCCUACCCACCAUCCCCCUCCUUUUCCUUCUCUUCUCUAGUUUGGCGAUCAAUAGCCUGACACAUAACCUUUCCAGCAAUGAAUGCCAACUCCUGGUAAAGAUGAAUCCGAAGCCAGAUUGCAAGUUUUCAAGAGCUCAGAAAUCUGCUAAUCUGUAUGGAGGCCCGAAUUGGAUCCUUAUUGCGGGUGGUGCUUUAUUGAGCACCUUAUCUAUUAGGCUUGGCUGCAAACUGAAAAACCUUUUUCUUGAUAGACAAACAGCUAAUGCUACCACGAUGAAUGAACACAGGCACAUCAGUAACAAAAGGAGACCUGGAGCUUGUCCAUUUCAUUCCAAUGGUUACUGCUUCACACAUGAUGAAAGUGGAUCCCAACAUUGCCCCUCAGAUGCACCUGAUGGUUGUAUGGAGAGGAAGAAUGCUUCUUCAGGGGCAUUUCUAAGAGAAAAUGAUCCAUUACAUGGGCAGCUAACAGUUGUCACAAAUUUGCCAGCAGAGACCUCUGAUUCAGAAAGGCUGACGGCUGCAAUCUGGCCAGUCUCUCCUGAGCGCCUUGAGAACCCAAGAAGGUCAUUCCACCAGUCCAAUGGCUCUGAUUCUCCUUGCGCAUCAGAAUCUGGGUCAGACCUAUUAAGCAAGCGUGAAGUUGUCUACAAGCUGAGGCAGCAGCUGAAGAAGAGGGAUGAAAUGAUACUUGAAAUGCAAGGCCAGAUAACAGAGCAACAGAAGUUGGUGAAUGAGCACAUAAUACAUGACGUUGACCUGCAGUCGCAGCUUGAUGCUGCUAACAGAGCCCUGUUCGCAGCAGAAAGGGAGAUUCAGCGGUUGAGAAAGGUUAUAGCAGACUUCUGUGCAUCAGGUUAUUCUAGGUUACCUGAUGGUCAAGUUGCGUCUGGAAAUGGAGAGGUGCAGAAGAAUGGUUAUGUUAAUGGUGUGGUUGGGGAGAUGGAGGUGGGAGGCUGGCAUGGUGUUGGCAUGCUUAUGAUAGAGGGGCAGAGGGAGGCUGACAGGAAGAGAGCUAUAAUGUUUAAGAAAGAAGCAGAAGAAUUGAAGGAAGUCAUGAAGGAGAAAGAUUGCAUUUUGCAGAGCUACAAGGAACAAAAAAUGGAGCUCUGCUCUAGGGUGAAGGAGCUGCAGUUGAGACUGGAUUCCCAGGUACCACAUAUCUUGUGAGACUGCUUUUCCUCUCCAGGCUGCAAAGUUGUCUGAUUCUCACCCAAGGGGAAAGACUAUGGUUUUCUAUUGUUCCAGGCAAAUGAUGUUUCUUCAUAUGCUUCAUGUGAUCGAGGUCAGGCUUGUCAUCUCAAUGAGUCCUUGUUGUCGAUAUUUCUUGCUUCUUGGAUCUUGAUUACACGAGCAAGGAAAAGUGAUGGUUCCACUCGUUUGAGCCUUUUAGUGAGCUAACCAAAAUGAGAAGAUAUUCAAUUUUUUCUGAGAAAUCUUCAAAGCAAACCCAAAGACUUAGCAACAUUGUAAAGACCAUGAUGAUUAGCUUAAGAAGCUUCUUGAUUUUCUUA